AUGCUUGACCACGAGAAGCAGGGCAUCAUAUCCAAGCAAACUUGUGUGACCGGUCUUGUGAAGCUUGGCAUCCCCCAGCGUACGGCCGCGCGCGCCGUAGAGGCUAUGGACUUGGACGGCGACGGGAGGAUUGACUACACUGAGCUCAUUGCUGGCAUUCUCUGCUUAUAUGACACUCACCUUGAUGGAAGGCUCUGGAAGGCGUUCUCGAAACUUGAUCUUAACGGCGAUGGAAAGCUCGACCGGCAUGAAAUUAGAAAGUUACUCCAAUCUGGCGAGGUUAGCCAGAUGGGGCUGGUCCCAGCACAGAUGGAGAUCGAUGCCAUUAUACAGGAGAUGGACACCGACCGAGACGGGUACGCCUUGUUGGCAGGGGCUGUGAUUCUUGAGUGGCCUUGA